AGGAGGAGAAAGAGGAGGAGGACAAGAGCAUGACUGGUCCUCUGACGUGGAUUAUUUCCGUAAAGAGACGAUGAAGGAGUAGCGGCGUGCAGCUCCACUUCCAACCCGGGUUAGACGAAGCAUCGCGACGGGAUCACCCAGCCCCGAGUCCCGGUGCGAGCGAGGCCGAGCCGGGCUGACGGAUCCUCCCUCUCUCUGGCUGUGGCCCCCGCCUCCACACAGCCAUGAUUAAAGCCAUUUUAAUAUUCAACAACCAUGGCAAACCACGGAUGUCAAAAUUCUACGAGCACUACAGUGAAGACACGGAGCAACAGAUCAUCAGGGAAACCUUCCACCUGGUGUCGAAAAGAGACGAGAACGUCUGUAAUUUCCUAGAAGGAGGGCUGUUGAUCGGAGGAUCAGACUACAAGCUGAUCUACAGACACUAUGCCACACUGUACUUUGUGUUCUGUGUGGACUCCUCAGAGAGUGAACUAGGAAUUUUAGACUUAAUCCAGGUAUUUGUGGAGACGUUGGACAAAUGCUUUGAGAACGUCUGUGAGCUUGACUUAAUUUUCCAUGUAGAUAAGGUCCACAACAUCCUGGCAGAGAUGGUGAUGGGCGGGAUGGUCCUGGAGACCAACAUGAACGAAAUCAUCAUGCAGGUGGAUGCUCAGAACAAGAUGGAGAAGUCUGAGGCCGGCAUUGCAGGAGCGCCUGCUCGUGCCGUAUCAGCUGUAAAGAACAUGAACCUCCCCGAAAUGCCCAGAAACAUCAACAUUGGUGACAUCAGCAUAAAAGUGCCAAAUUUACCCUCCUUCAAAUAGCGGCAGUGAUUUCCUGAGCCGGCGGAUGUCAGCCAGUGUUUACCAUGAUGCAAUCUGUUUACCAAAACCUCAAAUUACCAACUUUUAUCAAAGCUAUACAUGAGUUGAAGGUACUGUGUGGUUUGUCACUCCUCGUUCUGGUGUUCUCACUCUGUUUCUCCGAUUAAAGAAGACAAUGUUUUACAUUUUU